AAAGGCUAUAAAUACUCCGCUGAGCUGCUGCCUGUCCGGUGCGCUGUGUGCAGCUUCGGUUGCUAAGGAACCAGCUGAACGCAGGUGGCAUAAAAAUGACGUUGGCAUAGUGAGAAAGCUGGUCAGUCUGGCUGGUUGAGGUGUGGAGGGGACACCACAAACCACGCCAGGAUUCUGACUAACACAAUUUCCACUACCCUCAGUAAAUCUCCUCAUCAUCUCCAUGUCUGUCCCUGGACUGUAGCUACAAUUAUGGUGACGCUUAUCACAGAGCAGCUCCGUAAGCAGAGUUUGGAAGAGCCUUAUUACAAGGCUUUCUCGUUCAAUGUGUCAUUACCUGCAGUGGGCUCCAGUCCCACUGUCUCGUGGAGUGCUUGUAGAUCGACACAAGAGACCAGCUCAGCUACACACCCAUCAUCCAAAGCUAACCUUCUGGGUGAUUCCUGUGGACUAGACUCCCCAUGGUGUCCUUCCCACUCUGGAGAACCUCUCCAGAGACCAGAGGUUUCUUUUACAAACCAGGCUUUCCAAAGCUCACCUCCACCACCACCUCCAAAACGCCACUGCCGGUCCCUCUCUGUUCCAGAGGACCUGUCUCAGUGUCGCUCCACCUGGCAUCCUAGUGCAUCCAAGGUUUGGACCCCGGUCAAACGUGGCUGCCGAAGUGGAGGAGCAUCUAGUUCGAGCUCUGGAGCCAGCUCUUUGCCACUUUGUGGUCCCAGUUCCUCUUUCACCUCUUCCUCCCUGCACUCAUCUUCUAGCCCUACCUUCUUUAGCCUAGCACUGUCCUCUGACUCCCCACUACCAUGGAGCUUCUCAUGGGACCCCUGUGACAAAUUGAAAGGAGCCUGUUCUGCCUCCUUUGCUACUCCUUCCUCCUGCUCCUCCUCACCAGCCCCCCUGGUUUCUCACUCAGUGCUGCAGCGCCGCUUCUCCCUCUCCCCUGUGCACAUUCAGGAUGCCUCCGUGGUGCUCCUGCCCCCCCAGCCCUCCCCUGCUUCUGCUUUGACAUAUGGCUGCUCUGGCAUGGAACACCCGGCCCUGUCUCCGUCUCCCACUUCAGCCUGCAGCACGCCAUCCUCCUCCAGGCGCGACCUGCACCCGGCGCUGCCGCGAUGCCACUCGCAGCCUUGCGACAUGCGCAAACCUCGCUUGAAGAGGCGCCAUGACCCAGAUGUUCUGCCCUGCCCCAGGCCAGGCCUUGACUUCAGCAAGAUGACACAGAUUGGUAAUCCCGAGAGCCUAGCGUGUGGUACAGGUGGCUGCAUAUUUCCAGCGUCUUCCCAGGCAGAGCAUCGCUCGGCCUUCUCCCCCGCCGAGAUCCUGGGACGAGCCAGCAUCGGACCACUAAGUGAAAGUGAAGAAGAGGAGGAGGAGGACGAUAACAGAAAAAGGACUGCAAUAGACGGAGGGCAAAAGAUUGUUUUUGAAAGGGACUGCAUAGAACUGGACUUGAACCUUAUAGAAGAGAACUGACCACUCGCUGACGCUCCGAGUGUGAUGACUGCGUUCAUAACUAUGUUAAGCACACCUAGUAGGCUUUGUGCGCUCUUCUGGCAGCGUCCUUGGGAACCUGCUGCCCUCCUAAGGCAACAUGUCCAGAGUUCAUAAUCAAGAACCAAGCAAUUAGAAGCUAAUGAAAUUACAAUGAUAUGAUUGUAACACUAGUUUUACUAUUCAACAUUUCACACAAAAAAAAUGUCACAGUGCCUGCCUAUUCAACACUCCAUAGGGAAAUGUGCAUGAGCAAAUAAGCUAGUUUUCAUGCACACAGACAAUAUUUUCAUAUUGAUACAAGUCUUAAUUUGUGUUAACCAUUUUGUCUGCAUCUUGAUAUCCUCAUCAAAGAACUCUGUACACUGGAGUAAGCAGAAUAUUUGCUCAUGAGUGAUUUAAAUACACAUUUAAAAGUCAAUAGAUUAUUGGAAUAGAGGUAAGCAUACUUCAGUGCCCCAUCAGAUACUGGCAUAGUUUGUAUUUGGUUCUCAGAAUUUGAACAUGACUGUACUGUAUUUGAGCUGUUAAAGGUGCACACAGGUCAAAAUAUAAUAGCCCAACCUACAUAAGAAUACUGAUCUAUAUAUAAAUAUAAAUGCUCUCCUGUAUGUUAAACAUUCCAGGAUUUUACUGAUGUUCCUUAAAUCCUUCACAGACCCUAAAGACAACAUUUACUGCAGUUCUGUCAUUGAUUUACCUUUCUUUGUAGUAACUCUACAUCAUCUAAGGGAAAGUUUUCUUGUCCUAGUAGAACGGACCCUUCAACUUUUUGUUCAUAUGUUCUUUUUGGAGUUUACUCAAUUGCUUGAACAUAAAACUGACCUCGUCAACAACCACAAUAAUAAUACUGCUGAUACUGUAAACUGACCAUGCCUUAAGCUUAAAACACAGAGUUCUUGGUGCUCUGGUCUUUUUUUCACAGCCAGACAAUUUUUUUGCAAUCUACAUUUUUGCGCUGAUUUCAGAUAUUUUUCGAACAGGUGGCACACAUGCACUAUAAUAAUAGUCAUUUGAAUUGAUGCUGCAGCUGGACUCCAUAGGGCACAAUGUAAUGUACUGUAUGCACAGUGGUUAGAGUGAGUGCACACGUCGAGCCAAUUCUGCGUGUUUGACAAAAGGCGGUGGCGAUGCAGAUGAUUUGGUGGCCUUUCAGAAAUGAUUUUUUCAUGUGUUUUCAGAUGGAAAUAUUACUGUUGCACAAUUUAUGUACAAAUAAAAUUUAAUAGAGAAUGAUAUUUUUUUUUCGAAAAA